CUUCUCUUUUCACCUCCUCUAGGCAAAGAGAACAGGCAUGAUAUACUACCUUCGUGGAGCCAUUGCUCAUCCACUUCUUGCCUUCCCAUCCCUGGGAUACAGCCUGCAGCCUCCUCAACCAACACCAGAGGGUUAUGCCUUGUCGGCUGGGACUCAGCCCUCUGCUUACUGCCAGGUCCUCACGUCAGACCAUUUGGCAGCCCUGUUACUGGACCUGCCCUAUGGACUCUCCGAGAAACGGCGGAGGAGCCGUACAGCUUUCACCGAAGAACAGUUGGAGGCACUGGAGAACACUUUCAAAGAGACCCAUUACCCAGAUGUGAACACUAGGGAGCGCCUGGCCAUGUUUGCCAAUCUACCUGAAGCACGGGUUCAGGUAUGGUUCAAAAAUCGCCGAGCAAAAUUCCGCAAGGGCCAACCUAGCUCAGCAAAGAAACCAAGGUCAACUGCAUUCCUAGAGACCACUGGAGGAGGCCAAAGACAAGAUGCAGAAGAAUGGUGCCAUGUGAAGAUGUCUUGGAUCCAACCAGUCUCAGUGACCAGCGUGCUGGAAAGAAAACAGUGUGUGGUGUCCAUUACAGAAGAGAGCAUGGCUACCUUUCCAUGCUACUUCCCAGGGGACAGUUCAACAUCUCCUGGCAGUUCUUCUCCACCUCCUGACCCAACAUCACUCCACAAAGAGCUCCAGAAAUGUCAGGAUUUAGGGUUGUGCUAUGGACCCACCUGGUCCUUGCCAGCUUAUUGGUUAACUGCAUAUAGGCAAACACCUGUUUUCCAAGAUGUCUGUAGAGGUGGCUUAAUCCCUUCCCAUCAGCUAUGAGGCCCAGCCCUUCAACACUCUUAGAUUAAUCAUUAUGUAAUAGAUGAAGCUCAUCAUACCCACAGAGCAAAAUGGGAAAGGUAGAUUAAAAAGACUUGAAGAGGGUAGUUUGGAAAGGCCAUCUGGGCAAGGAAAACCAACAGUGGUCUUCCGUAACUUGGAGUCAUCCAGAUAUGUGGGCCAGAAGAUGUGUUGGAAUUGCUAUUCCAUUACAUCUGGAUCAGGGGUGGGUUGUACUUACCUUUACUACUGGUUCACAAUGGGGCUGUGCGUGCAGAAGCUUCCUGAUGACAAUGGGGUUGGCGGGCGGAGCCUCCCACCGGUUUUACUACCAGUUCUUGCGAACCGGUCUGAACCAGGGGCAACCCACCACUGAUCUGGAUCCAGAAGCCCAAGAAUAUACACCAGCCAACUUGGGAGGAUAUCUUCUUGGUGGAAAUAGUGUCCAUUAACCCUCUGAUCAGUCAACUAACUAACCAUCCUGUAAAAGAGAGGUGUCCAACAUUGGCAACUUUAAAACCUGUGGACUUCAACUUCCAAAAUUCCCCAUUUCUCAGAAUUGAAUCCACAGGUCUUAAAGUUGCCAUGGUUGGACAUCCCUGCUAUAAAAAUUUGUUUUGAGAGAAACCUUGUGGGUUCACCAGAUCCAGAAAGACAAACACCCUGAAAGACUUUAAGUCACAUGUCUAAGGCAAGAACGUAAUGAGAGUAUACAAUAAGAUUUAUUUAUUUACACUUGCUUAUCUUAGCAUCUGGUUUCUUUAUUUCAUGAGUCACAUUCAGGUUAAGUGAAGGAGGAUUAAUUUUAUCUUAAUGACUCCCUGAUUCAGGGAUAUCUUUGUAAUUGCCUAACUCUAUUCUGAGCAUCAACAUUAAAAGAAUACUUAAAGCUGGGUAACAAUAUAAUCUUAAAUUGGUUAUAUGGAUGGCCAGUUAACAUUCUUUAUGAUCUUGGAACCAUGUGUCUUUAUUAUAAAGUAUUAUUUAUUUAUUAUUUGUUUUUCUCUUAAUUUUUUCUCUGUAAAGCAAAGUCAGAAACAAAAACAAUUGGGGUCACCCAAAGACCAGGAAUUGCCCACCUUUCUCUUAAAUAAUUUUCCCAAAAACAGCCAGGGGAGAUUGGCUAGUACGCCAGGAGACAAAGUGUUAAUUGCAUAAGCUAAUGUAUGUCUUCUUCUUCUUGUGCCAUAUCCAUCAUCGGACAUUGACGAGCAUGUUGGUGAUCCUAUUUUUAUCAACAGCCGCACAAUAAAGUGCUGUUGUGUUUUGUCCAAACCAGUCCUUUAGAUUUUGAAGCCAUGAUGUUCUUCUUCUGCCUGGACCUCGUUUGCCUUCAAUCUUUCCUUGGAGGAUUAAGUGAAGUAUGCUGUAUUUUUCUGGCGCAUCACAUGACCAAAAUAUUAUAACUUUAGCUUUUUUAUGAUUUUGAUGAUUUCCCUUUGCUUUCCCAGGUGGCUUAUCACCUCCUCAUUUUGGAUUUUGUCAACCCAACUUAUAUGUAACAGCCGCCUGUAAAUCCACAUUUCAAAUAAUGUAUCUAUAGCAUCCUAUAAUUAGAAUGAUAGCCCUAUGAACAACUUGCUAAAGUACUCGCCUUAAUUCUUGUACUGUGGUUUUAUGCUGAAAUACCUUCUAUAGUAAUUAAAUAGAAAGAGUUUCUCUGUUG